AUGGUAAGCAAUAACUGUUAUGUUUCAUUAACAGAAAAGGCUGAGAAACACUGUGAAGCAAAUGGAACUUGGGAACUAACUGCUGACAUGAAUGAUACCUUGACUAACUACAGUAUGUGCUAUGCUUUCACUGCUGAAAAAAUGAAGCAUGCAUUCAGGAUGUUCUACCUGGCCAUUUCGGGACACACUUUUUCUCUUACUGCCUUGGUAGCUUCAAUGGUGAUUUUCCUGCUUUUCAAGUCUCUUUCCUGCCAACGGGUUACCAUGCAUAAGCACAUGUUUAUGACUUACAUCCUGAAUUCUAUUGGUGUCCUCGUCUACCUGACCCUAGUGGUCCCCAAUAAUGACUACGUGAACUCGGAUCCAGUGAGCUGCAAGGUUCUGAACUGCAUCAACAACUACCUGAUGCUCUGCAAUUAUUUCUGGAUGCUCUGCGAAGGGAUCUUUCUGCACCGGCUCCUUGUGGUGAACGUGUUCAAUGCGGGAAAGACGCUGAAGUGGUAUUACCUCUUGGGCUGGGGGUCCCCCGUGCUGCCAACCAUAGCCCAUGCUAUUGCUAGAGUGAAGUUAUUCAAUGACAGCUGCUGGAUGAGCAUGGAAACCGCUCUGGUUUACAUCAUCCAUGGCCCUAUCAUGGGCGCCCUGACGAUCAACUUCUUCAUUCUGCUCCACAUCCUCUACGUGCUCGUGAAGAAGAUUAGGAAUGAUGGCCAUCAUGAUGUCCUGCGGUACCUGAAGGCAGUGAAGGCCACUCUGGUCCUGGUGCCCCUGCUGGGAAUCCAGUUUGUCAUUUUCCCCUGGAGGCCUCACACCAAGACUCUUGCCCUGGUCUAUGACUACGUGAUGCACUUUCUGAGUCACUUCCAGGGAUUCUUCGUUGCCGUGAUUUACUGCUUCUACAACUCUGCCGUGCAAGAAGUCGUGAUGCGCCGUGUGCAAGUGUUCAGAACCCGCUGGAACCAGCGCCGCGAAGGGUACGCCUUACGCCGGCAGAAUUACAAUAUGUUGCUGGCAGCUCUGGCUGCAGCUGCGGCUGCAACCAAUGCUGAUCCUGACGAUAUCCCUGAUUGCAUCUGCCACAGAGAGCGGAGGAUCCGGGCAGCUGCCAACAACCGGAGGAACAACGACCUGGAGAUGAACAACAACCCGGAGCUGAUGAACAACGACGACGAGGAGCUGAAUGACAACGACAUCCAAUACGAAGUGGAAGCCGAAAUCGAAUUCCGUAAUGGCGUGGAGAUUCAUGACAUCAUCCCGAUGGAAAUCUUUGAGCGGGAGUAA